AUGAAGCAGACGCGACCUUGCAGCUCCGGCCCAUCGCCGCAAGACUGCAUCAUGAGCGAUUGGCGCGAGUGGAGCACAUGCAGCUCAGACUGCGGUGAAGGGCAAUACUCUCGCUUUCGCAGAGUUGUCCGUGAGGCCAGUCGGGGCGGGCACCCCUGCGACGGGGUUAUCCACCAGACAGAGACGUGCCAGUUGAGGCCCUGUGACUCUCGCGACUGUGAAGUCAGCGAGUGGUCGGAGUGGUCAACGUCAAAUCCCUUGGAGGGUCACCAGCUGCACACUAGGCAGUGGUUCCGAGAGCGACGCGUCCUCGUGCCCCCGGGCCCCGGUGGACGCCAAUGCCCAACCAGUCUGAGUGAGACGGUUCCAAGGGACAGGCAGCCGCAGCAGUGCGUCCUUUCCGAAUGGUCACUGUGGUCUCAUUGUGAUCGCACCUGCGGCGGCGGUCAGAUGAUGCGAGAGAGAUCUCUGCAGGAGCCGGGCCAUCAAGAUGGCUUUUGCGGCCACCAUCUGCUGCGGAUGGUUUCGGAUUGCAACACAGGUUCCUGCAGUCCGAUGCAGACAUCCGACUGCCAAUGGUCUCAAUGGGGAGAGUGGUCUGAGUGCAGCGCACGAUGCGGUGAGGGCUCCAAGCAAAGGGAGCGGCGAAUCCUCUCUGAGGCACUUGCUGGAGGAACGGCAUGUGAAGGCCCUUUGAAAGAGCUGUCGGUUUGCCAGCUGAGCCAGUGCACUUUGGUCGACUGCCGUUGGGCAGAUUGGGGUGCAUGGUCAGAUUGCUCCUGCGAGUGCGGUGGUGGAACGAAACGACGGAGCAGGGGCGUGAUGGAAGCUCCGCGGAAUGGUGGAAAGGAAUGUGAGCCUCAGGACAUGGAGCAAGCCUUUCCUUGCAACACACAGCCUUGCGGAAGUGGUUGCGUGGAUGGUCAGUGGGGAGCCUGGAGCUCUUGGACAUCCUGCUCUGCAACAUGUUCCAGCAGCUAUCAAUCUCGAAGUCGCAAUCUCGAAAUCCAGCCGAGUAGCUGCGGCAAGGCCGCUGCCGGUCCGCGAGACGAGUAUCAGGUGUGCAGCAACCUGCAGCCAUGCAUCCAGGACACAGAUUGCCAGCUGCACGACUGGGGCGAAUGGUCGCAUUGCAGCUGCCAUUGCUUCGGGAUUCGAGAGAGGAAUCGCUUCAUCUCCCACUUUGCCACGGGCAAGGGCAACCCUUGUGCCCGAGCAGCCCUCAAGGUCAUCGAGCCGUGUAAUCCCGGCCCGAUUCGACCCUUCGAUCCCGAUGCAUUGGACAGCCUGCCUUUGCAACUGCAGAUGCCUCCGACUGACUGCCAAGAGAAGCCGCCUGUAGAUUGUGAACUGCACGACUGGACCGAGUGGACACGUUGCUCUCGUACUUGCGGCGGUGGGCAGCGAGAGAGGAGUCGUACCGUCCGCACAGCACCGAAACACGGGGGACAGCCGUGCAAAUCUGAUCUCACCACCGUGGAGCCAUGCAAUUUGGACCCCUGCCAUCAAGUUCACUGUGAAGACUGCAGGUGGGGCCAGUGGAGCGACUGGGGAGGUUGCAGCAAGUGCGGUGGCCAGAAGUACCGCCAUCGCUCCAUAAUCCAGAUGGCGAACCACUGCGGCAAGCCCUGUGACGUCAGAGCCGCGAAGGAGACCACGAACUGCACCAGCGAGUGCAAAACGCCGCUGUAUUGCGCUUGGACAGAGUGGUCCGGAGCGACAUCGUGUGCUCCGUGCGGGCCCGCCACGACCAUGCGGAACCGAGCCUUGGGCUUUUCGGCCAGUGACCCGGGGCCCGGCGAGUGGUUCUUCCGGGUGACUGGUGAGUCUGAGUGUGCGGGGACGCAGCUGAACGUGAGCUUGUGCCCUUCUGCUGGAGCAAGCUGCGAACACUGCGUGCCGCAGCAUUGCCACUUCAGCGAGUGGGGCGACUGGCGCGAACCGACCUGCGUCGGUCUUUGUGAGCGGGAGCGAACCAUAGCCACCAUCAACAACGAAUGCGGGAAUCCAUGUGACGGGCCAAUGCUCAUGACCAAGAGCUGCCCAGUGGAGUGCACUCAACCAAAGGACUGUGCAUUCUCCGCAUGGACCGAGUGGAGUCAGUGCCCGGUCUUCGCAUCCCAGUCGCAGCGCACACGCUCGCGAACCAUCGCUCAGCAGCCCGAAAACGAAGGAAGACCAUGCGUGGGUCCUUUAGAGGAGACGGUGGCCUGUGAGUACAACCACCUGAAGGUGGAUUGUGCUUUUUCGCCCUGGGAUCCGUGGUCCUCCUGCAGUCGCACCUGCGGCAGCGGCGGAUGGAAGGAGCGUACACGAAACAUCGCAGAUGCAGCAGCAGGCGGUGGACUGCAGUGCAAAGGAGGUUUGACCGAGCUGGUGGCAUGUGAUGGCGCUAAGGUUUGCGACGGUUACGAGAAAGUUGACUGCCAGUUUGCAGCGUGGGGCUCGUGGUCUGCACCGGACACCAGCAAUCAGAGGAAGCGCGAGAGAAAGAUUGUGCAGAUGGCUCUUCAUGGUGGUGAUGCCUGUGAAGGUUCACUGGAGGAGGUGGAAAGCCUUCCCCCAGUGACCAGCGACUGCCUCGUGUCGGAGUGGAGCGAGUGGGACAACUGCGAUCGAGGCUGCGGUGGAGGACAGUCGACGAGACAUCGGGAGGUCCGACGCUUCCCUCAAGCUGGGGGUGCCUCUUGUCCUACGGACCUCAAGGUGACACGCAGUUGCAACACCCAGUCCUGUGAUGCUCAAGACUGCACCGUUUCGCAAUGGGGUGAGUGGGGGCCUUGCUCCUCGAGCUGUGGAGCUGGGCAACAGAGCAGGAGCCGGCACAUCGUGAGCUUGCGAACCUUGGACGGAAUUGGCUGCAAGAAAGGCCUCGGCAUGACUCAACAGUGCGAAGGAGAGCACUAUUGUGGCAAACUUGACUGCGAAUGGGGCGAGUGGAGCGAUUGGAGUGGGUGCACCUGCAGUUGUGACGGGGGACAGCAGACAAGAACGCGGCACAUCGCCCGUGCCCCUCGCAAUGGCGGCUUACCUUGUCAGGAGGGUGACAAAGAGCAGAUCGCGCCCUGCAACACGCAGCCCUGUGGCCAGUCGGACUGUCGAGAUGGACAGUGGGCUGAAUGGACGUCAUGGGCCCCCUGCUCCGUUACCUGUGGUGGUGGAGUCAGAUUCCGAAGACGAAGGAUCGGAAUCAUGGCGAACGACUGCGGCCGCGAGCCUCUGGGAAAGAACCGGGAGAUUGCCUUCUGCGAUGUGGGUGUUCAUUGCUCCAGGCCGGUGGACUGCGAGCUCUCAGAGUGGAGCUCCUGGAGCGCCUGCAGUUCCAGCUGCGACGGGAUCCGCCAUCGCUCCCGCGUAGUGCGGGUUUAUGGAAGGGCCGACGGCCGAUGGUGCAAGGGCGGCCUGCGAGAAACGGCACCGUGCCAUCCGACCUUCGGCUCCUCGCUGCCGCAGGGCUGUGGUCCGGGCCGCGCGCAAGACUGCUUGUUUGGUCCGUGGGAGGCCUGGAAAGAGUGCAGCGCUACUUGCGACGGCGGUGAGCAUGCGCGAAGCCGAGAGAUAGUUCAACAUGCCAAGAACGGAGGACUACCAUGCGAGGGCGACCUCAAGCAGAUCUCCGAGUGUGCCAGACAUGAAUGCGGUGGCCCUGCACCCAAAGACUGUAUCUUUGGUGAUUGGGAGGACUGGGGCGCCUGUGGCAAGUGCAGUGGACAGAGAAAGAGGUUUCGCAGCAUCCGGCAAUAUCCGACAUCUGGAGGCAAAGAGUGCGAGCUGACGGACACCGAGGAGGCCGGAAAGUGCCCGAGAAGUUGUCACACACAGCAUUUCUGUGGAUGGGCAACGUGGGGCAUCUGGGGCUCCUGUUCAGCGUCUUGCGGCCAAGGGUACCGACAGCGGCGGAGGCACCUUCAGCUGUCGGACAACCCGGAUGCUCUUCUGAUUGGCCGCGACAUGAUCCAAGAGUACGAUGAUCUCGUGCAGAGAACGGAGGAUGCUUUGCAUGCUUUGAAUCUGGCUGUCCAGCAUGGACCUUUCUGCAAUUCUGGAGCUCCUCUGCAGCAACUCCCGGACGGCUGGGAAGCCGUCGAGUCAGAUUGCGCAAGCGAGCGGAGGAGCAACGCCUUAGCUGCUUUGGAAACUGUUUGCAAUCCACGGGUUCGUCUAUUCAAGCGUGAUGUGGCCGAUGGUGCCCGCGGUUGCUACUUCUCUCAUCUUGCAGUUUACGAGGAGGUCACUUCUGAAGGUAUGCCCUGGGCUGUGAUUUUCGAAGACAAUGUCCUGGUUCUUUCAGCUUCCGACCUAAAGACCAUGCUGGACACAUUGGAUGAGUGGGCGAGUGCGACUUCCUGGAAGAUUCUGCACCUGAGCCUGGUGCAUUCCGCCGCCUCACUGAAGCUUCGAAAAGAGGCACAGAAGGAUGCUCCGAACCUUGGGGUCCCCCCCGGGGUUGUCAGAGUCGAGCGCACAGCGCCUGAUUGGUACGGUCCCGUUAAGAUCGAACGUGCUCCCGGCCUUGGCACUACGGCUUACGUCAUCUCCUCAGAAGCGGCAAAGGACGUUCUGAAAAGACACGCCGAGACCGGCUACAGGCAGCCGAUUGAUGACUUGCUCGCCGAACUCUUUGGAGCAAGUGGCACCUUCGCUGCCUAUCCCGCUCCUGUGCAUCGCGGAAGGGUUGUGAGCCUCAUCAAUCCAGACCAGGAGCUUUUUCGCGCAGUGAUGUACGACCCUCGUGUUUUCAAAAACGUGGAAUGGACGUUGGUUCAGACGGGUUUAUCGAGCAGCCAACUUGUUUGGGUAUUUCUUGCUGCCAUGGCGGCAUGGACUGUGGGUGUAAGCAUCCCAGCCUUUAGUGCGCUGUUGAGAUGA